AUGGAUUCCGAUUCAGAUUACGACAGAGAGACCCUAGACUCAGAUCCCCCAACACCGAUCGAGGCCGGUUCUUUUAAUUUACUUACCCAAAGGGUCGAGGAAUUUCAGCGAAUGCAUCAGCUUGAGACCAUAGAGAGGCUUACAAUCGAGAACAACACAAUGCAGAAUGCCAUUGUGCAAUACCAAAAGCUUUGGUGUUCAACCCUCGAAUUACUUGAACAGGCUCUUAAAGCUUUACAAAUGUUACAGAGAGCAUUCCAAGACUGUAUUAAUGAAGAUGUUUCUGCCGAAGAGGAUUGGUUAAAGUUUUGGGGCAUCAGAAAGGAAAAUCAUAGUCAGCCAUAUAGUCCUGCAGGUUGGAUAUAG